GGGGCCGCGCUGCGGGAGCUGGCGCUGCGAUCMGCCCGCCUGCGCGGCGCCUUCGCGGCUGUGCAAUUAACCCCUAGACGAUGGCUGAACCUGCAGGAGUACCAGAGUAAAAAACUAAUGGCAGACCAUGGGGUUACAGUUCAGAGGUUCUUUGUGGCUGAUUCUGCAAAUGAUGCCCUCCAGGCUGCUCAGAGACUGAAGGCAAAGGAGAUUGUUCUGAAGGCUCAGAUUCUAGCUGGAGGACGAGGAAAAGGUGUUUUCAAUAGUGGAUUGAAAGGAGGAGUUCAUUUAACAAAAGAUCCUAAGGUUGUGGAACAACUUGCCAAGCAGAUGAUUGGGUACAACYUGUCAACAAAGCAAACUCCAAAGGACGGCGUGACGGUUAAAAAGGUGAUGGUUGCAGAAGCACUGAAUAUUUCCAGGGAAACAUACUUUGCAAUUCUGAUGGACAGAGCCUGUAAUGGACCUGUUAUGGUCGGGAGCCCACGUGGUGGUGUUGACAUUGAAGAAGUGGCUGUUACUAACCCAGAGCUUAUAUUUAAGGAGGAAAUAGAUAUUUUUGAAGGCAUAAAGGAUCAUCAAGCACUGCGCAUGGCAGAAAAUUUGGGUUUCAGAGGAACUUUGCAGCAGCAGGCAGCAGAUCAAAUUAAGAAGCUGUAUAAUCUUUUCUUGAAAAUUGAUGCCACUCAGGUUGAAGUGAAUCCCUUUGGUGAAACUCCAGAAGGGCAAGUUGUUUGCUUUGAUGCCAAGAUAAACUUUGAUGAUAAUGCAGAAUUCAGGCAAAAAGAAAUAUUUGCCAUGGAUGACAAGUCUGAAAAUGAGCCUAUAGAAAACGAAGCUGCCAAAUAUGACCUGAAGUAUAUAGGACUGGAUGGAAAUAUUGCUUGCUUUGUGAAUGGAGCUGGCCUGGCAAUGGCAACUUGUGAUAUAAUAUCCCUGAAUGGGGGGAGACCAGCCAACUUCCUGGACCUUGGUGGAGGGGUCAAAGAAGCCCAGGUCUACCAAGCCUUCAAGCUGCUGACUGCUGACCCAAAGGUCGAAGCGAUUCUUGUGAACAUUUUUGGUGGGAUUGUGAACUGUGCCAUUAUAGCCAAUGGCAUUACCAAAGCCUGCCGAGAGCUGGAGCUGAAGGUGCCCUUGGUGGUCAGACUGGAAGGAACAAAUGUUCAUGAAGCCCAACGUAUUCUCAGUGAAAGUGGACUUCCCAUCACAUCUGCAAAUGACCUUGAGGAUGCAGCAAAGAAGGCAGUGGCCAGUGUUGCCAAGAAAUAACUCCUUGCGGAUAUCACUGUGCAGAGUUUCAGAAGGCAUCAUUCCUGUUGUCAUUUUGAAAAGAAUUAAUGGAGUUUUUCUAAGUAGUCAUUGUUGAUGGACUUAUUUUGUGAUGCAUAAUAGAUGAAGGCCMUAUUUUUCAGAAAAUUUGCAACUACUGUCUUUAAAAUUAGUGUAUCUUCACCUUUUAGUUUUCAUCUUUAAUAUUGCAUUAUGUAAUAUUUCRUUUCACCCUGGGCUCCUUUUUUGCUUUUUUCAAAAAUUCUCACUGAUAACAUAAGAUACAAUAAUGAAUAAUUGAUUUCUAUCAACAGGACUGUUCUUUAAUCAAACACAUGUAGUUCGUGUAUCUUUUAAGCAAUUCUUUUUUAUAUUGUAAAGAGAUGGCAAACUAAUAAUAGGUUAAUGUAUUUUUAUGAACUUCUCCAAUAAUGUACAAAUCUGUGUGCUUACAAUAUCUAUUUUUAUUCAAAUGAAUGAUGUUUAUGUUCUUUUUUAGAAUUGACACACUUUGCCUUAAGGUGAUAUCUUUUUUUAAGAUGCAAAAGGAUACCUCACAGUAGGAAGAGAGGUUGAAUAGUUGAUGGUAAAAGGACCUUCCAUUCUUAUACUGUACCGAUAUGCAGGUGAAAUGUGAUCCAGGGUUACAGUUUUUGAAGUGAGGUCCAGUGUUUCUAGGUAUAAUGCUGUUUUACAGAAAAUAUUAKUAGAAUGUGUAUGUCAGUGGAAAAAAAGGCUGCUAACUUCUCAAAAUWAACUCCUCCAUACGUAUGUUACUGCUGUGAGGAUUUAAAAGAUGAGAAUGUGAAACAGUUUUCUAUCAGUAGCACAGGCUAUUCUUCAAAUAAUUUAACAUUCAARUAAUUUAACAAAGAGGAAUCUUAUAUUUUGGGGAAUAAAAUGCAAAUUAACAUUUCAAUUUUUAAAGUAUUUGACUUUUUAGGMAUCAGUACAAGUAUAUACAUGAAAAAAAAAAUGAGUUUCAGUACUUAGGUAUYGACUGAGAUUUGAUUAUAUAUUCCUUUGUAACAGUCAAAAUUCAGGCUGUUAGUUACAGAAAUCAUUUAUUCAGGGAACAGAAGACAAGGCCAAAUGGUUUGUGUAACUUAGGAACUCAAUACAAAUCUCAGGCCAGGAAUUACAUGCUGAAAUCCAUCAAUAAAUUUGAGCGGUGAAGAAAUGAGAUAAUACUGUGAUGCGAAGGCUGUAGACUGGCAGAGAGGUAAAAUUUACCUAGUAAAUUCUUAAUUGUUAUUUUUGUGAAGCCCUCAUCAAUACCACCCAUAAUAUAGAAAAUGUWAAUAAUUUUUUGUUAAAACUGCUAGGUUCAAAAUACAUUAUUUGCACUAAUUUCUGCCUCUUUAUGAAAAUUAUACGGAUAGGUUUACUCUYAACAGCCACUCAUGUUUUUAGUCAUUUUCUGUUGCUUAAGGCAAAAAUAUCUGACCGUUGUAACAGCAAUAAAUAUGCCACUAAGUUUGUACUGACUCGCUGAAAGAGAAGGAUAUUGUUGACAGUUCUAGUGAAGGUGCGUAUUAGUGCACUUAUCUAAAAGAAGAAAUGUUUACCUCACCACAAUAAGUAGAAAAAAAAUCACUCUGUGUAUUUUAAUACUGGAAAAUAAAGGCAUUCUGUGGAAGAACUGUUGAUACAAUAUGGUUACACGGACUGUAUAACUUUUGGUCUCAAGAYCAUUAUGUCUGAACGUAAUUAUUAUUCUACAAAGAUGAAUACUGGCUGCACUGUUAGUCAAAUGUCAAAAUGAACCCAAUUAAUGACUUUGUACUAUAAAACAGAA